GAAGUAGGAAAAAUAAAAUGGCGGACGAUGCCUGCGAAGUUGUAGUAGUAGUUGAUUGCUGAUGACGAGUUUCAGGCUCGUAAUUCAAAAUGGCGACCCUAUACCGAUUACACGAUUCCUUUCGCAUAGACAAUUUGAUUGGAUUUGAUAAAGCUACUUAAUAUUGCAAGAAAAUAUACUAUCAUUCAGUUGACCUUGAUAUACCUAAGAACGACCUUCGAUAGGAGGAACCUCGUCCACCUUUUCCUUUUUUUUCUUUCUCCCUUUCUUUCCUUUUUGUUUUCUUUUUUUUUUUUGAUGUCUCGAGUGCAUCAACUAACAGGACGACGAAGAACUAACAUGUCGGGAUUGACCGGACCCAAGGCCUUAUCGGCCUUGACCAUUCUCUUCGUAACUACCGCAACCUUGGCAAUAAAAAACGAUCGAACAUCAUCAAAAUCGUUGCAAGAUGAUCUGGUAUUAAGCGCAAGCUCGUACAAGACCCCUCAAAGGACCACUUUGGGUUUAGAUCGUAUAGAAGAAUCUUUGACAUUUCAACGAACCUCACCAGCAUUUCGAUUGGAAACUUCUAAGAGUGUUUAUAGUUACGAUAAUAAAAAUGAUUUGGGAGAAUCUUAUCUUGAUGAAUCUAUCGAUCAAUUAACUUCUUCUAAACACGUCGAUCACAUAGACGGUAAUAACAUCGAAGUUAAAUCUGGAGAAUAUUAUCGAAAUAUAAUACCAACGACAAGUCGUUCGAUUUCGGGGGAAGGACAGGGGGCUCCGCAGGGACGACAGAUUCUCUUGACGGAGCCCCAUCAGCUGCCGGUUGGAAUCCAAGACCAACCAGUACACUAUUUGCAAGGAAUAGACCAAGCAAGACAACCAAGACAAGAGAAGAUUUAUAGCGAACAUGCACCACCGCCUAUUCUACAAACUGCCUUGCCUGGUAGACAAGCCAAUCCUGAUAUUCAGGACAUCAUUACGGGUAUAGUUAAACUGUUGAACGGCAACGUCAAUGUUGCUGCUAAUACUGUAAGACCUUUGAGACCAAUCCAAGCUACGAGGAUCAACAAUAGGGGACCACCAAGAAUUUCUGAUGUUCCACCUUUGCCACCGGAUUUUGAUACACCUGGAAUGAAUCCUCCACCUCCACCUGAUACACCUUAUCCGUUUGAUAAACCACCAAGUCUUGAUAGGCCUUUGGUUAAUCAAUUACCACCGGAAAGACCGAUCAGGCCUUUCUUAAAUGGUGUACCUUUGCCGGAACAAAUUGUACCUUCGGGAAAUCGUCCUUGGUCCUGGAACAGGCCUGGUAUUCAUAGACGACCGAUUCCAGCUUACAAACCUUUACCACCUAAUUUGGAUUCUAGCUUUCAUCGGGAUAAAGAUCAUUUAAGCAACGAUAAACAUAUCGAAAAGCCACAUUUUGAUUUGAAACUCGAUCAACAACAAAUAGAAUUCAAUACAACUAACGAAUCUUUGAACGUUAACGAGGAUUUUGCUACCAAUCAUAAAACUGUAGAAAAUAAAAUAGGAAUUAAUCAUAAUCAGGAGGAUCAGGAUAAUCCUACUAAGAAAGUUGAACACGAAGAUUUUACGAAAAAAAUUCACAAAUAUCAAUCACAUAUGAAGGAUAAAAUAAAUAAUGAGAAUACAUUAGUGUUGGGUGCCGAAUCUGAUGAGAAUAAUAAUCAAGCAAGCAGUGUGAUACGAUACACGGAUUCACCUAAACCUGUAAUACCUUUGAACAGUCAAACAAAGGAUACGAAGAUUACGAAAACCAAUCACGUUGUCGAAUCUUCGAUUAUCAAUUCGAAGAUGGAAGAAAGUAGCAAACUCGACGUCACGUUUUCGAGUAACGUCAAACCUACGAAAUCAUUUUCAACGAGUACACUAAACAUAGAAACGAGUUCUUCUGUACGCGUGAUCGAACCUACAUCAUCAACCAAGACAAAUGUUCAGCCUACUUUUGUCCCUACGAAGGAUCAUACGAGUCAAAUUUUGGAAACUACAACGACCAGGAUGGAAUUGGAACCAAGUAGUACGUUUACCGAAUCAGAAAUCGUAGAAAUUCGUACGACAUCAUUAUCUACGAUGCCAACUGAAAGUUUACCAACUACAACGUAUUCAAAAACAUUAAUUAACACUCAGAAAACUACGACUCAUACUUCAAUGAGUAGUAGCACCUUUUCGAAAAAUACAGAUCGAUAUUCCUAUCGACCUCGGCCUGGAAUAGUACUCGAUGAUACCUUGGAUUACACGGGAACACCAGGAUUGGCUACGCAAAGACCUUACCCACCACCAAGACCCACAUCCUUGGUCGAUAUAUUCGACGUCACGGUUUCCGCUGUUCAAGGUCCAGGUGGAAGUUCUGGGGACGGUGUUAGGGUAUCCAUUAAUGGUGGAAACGCUGAUGUCAUAUUAACUUCUGCCGUUGAAGGUCAAGGAUUUGUGAGUAUCGAUGGUAAAAGGACCUAUUUAAAUUUAUUCGAUAAUACUGAUCGAACUUCAACAUCAACCCAAACAAUACCUCAACCAACCAGAACUCAACCUCCUCAUGUCGUUGGCACCGGAUUAGCAAUACCACAACCGGAUACUCCUAACAUCAAUCAACGUCCUAGUUUAUUAUCACCAAGACCAAAUUAUCCUAAACGACCAACUCAGCCUCCUGUUAGGAUUGAUACUUGUAUAGUUGGGGAUAGUAGUACCUGUGAUGCAAGUCAACAUGAAGCCUGUGCCACGAUUCAAGGUGUAUCAGCGUGUCAUUGCAAACCAGGAUUUGCUAGAUUGCAACAUUCCUUACCGUGUAAAAAAAUCGUCAGUAUCGUAGUAUCCAUUAGGAUAGACAGAUUUUAUGAUAGGAAAGUUGUAUGGGAUCGUGGAUUAGCUGACAAGGAUACCGAAUCUUAUCAAACUUUAUCUUUCGAAGCUAACAGAGCCAUCGAGUCUGCGAUGUCUAUGACGCCAUUCUCGGACGAGUAUAUGGGAUCGUCUAUUAAUUCUGUAUAUCAAGGUGACGUCAGUCAAGGACAAGGUGGAGUAUUUGUUAAUGCAACCCUGAAACUCAUUUAUGAACCGAGAACUGUGCGACCCAGUUUGGCUGGCGAGUUGCAGAAACAACUGCUCGGUGUCAUUCAUAGGAGAAAUAAUAAUAUUGGAAAUAGCGCGUUAUAUGUGGACAGUCCUCGUGGAUCGAUAUCCAAUUUGCAAGAUUUGGACGAAUGUGCAUCCUCAGAAUUAAACGAUUGUCAUUCUUAUGCAACCUGUACGAAUUCAUGGGGUGGUUUUACCUGUACUUGCAAUUCAGGAUUAAAAGAUCCUCAUAAGGAUGAUUCCAAUGAGUCUGGUAGAUCCUGUUUGUCUUGUCCUUCGACUCAUUGCAAUAAUCGUGGAACCUGUUCCUAUCAAAACGAUCAAAUGCAAUGCGCAUGUACCGGCAAUUAUUAUGGCACCCAAUGCGAAGUUGACGGUGAAGUUUUAGGCGUUGCUAUAGGUGCAUCUGUUGCUGCUUUAAUAAUCAUAGUAUUAACACUCGUUUGUCUCGUGAUGUGGAGUCGUAGAUGGUCACGCGAACAAAAAUCAGUAGGUUCACCUGUUUAUGGAUACAUUCAAGGUGGAAUACCUGGAACACUUCCUGGUACAUUGGCUAGAGUUGGUUCAGUUGGGACUUUGGCAUCGGUAAAACAAGGGCCACCACCUAAUCUGCCACCCUACAUGUUGGCACAUUUUGGUGAUCACAUGGCAACAGCAAAUAUCUAUGCCACUGAACCUAUGGGUCCAACAAGACCCAGCUCAGCAAUGUUUGGUUAUCCACCAAUCAAUGUUCAUGGAACAUUACCACCAGUUCCUUUACCACGAUUACAAGCUCCACCAAGACCAAGACAAAGACAUCAACCGGAUCCAGACAGUUCUGAUUCAGAACCCCAGGAUAAGGAUAGAGCUGAUUUGAUACCACACAGCAACGGGUUUCACGUGCCCAGGCCGAAAUCCAGGUCGUCUUUGGCGAAUCAAAGUGGAAUUUAUAAUGACGUUGAAUACGAUCAAGGCGACGUUCAGCACCUGUCCAAAAAUAAUAUACCAAUGUCAACCUAUAGACCGUAUUAUAGAACGUGAAAUUUGGAAAAUGAGUCGAAUUUCAUCGACUUAUCUUUUUUUUAAAAGAAGAAUGUCAAGUUAAAUAUAGUCUUUUAAAAUGGAAGAAGAAGAACAGAAAAAGAAACUUAAGAAUCGGUCGUGGCUCCUGACAAGUGUCCUUUCAUUCUUCUCUGCAUAAAAAUGAAGAGAACUGUAUAAUAUAAAAAAGAAAAGAAAAGAAAAAAAAAAAACCGAAAGGAGACUAUUUAUACAUAAUGGCGUCUCGGUGACACCUGUUCUUACCCAGCACGGUCGCCGCGAGUGCAAUGAAAUUUUCUUGAAGAUUCUUACAUUUAAUCGAAAAAGAAAGGAAGCAAAAGGAUGGUGGAAUUAAGUGGACCAGACACGCCGUAUCAACACGGCUUCAACAACGUCGUCUUUGUUAUACCAGGGAUAAUAAUCGUCGGAUUAUCCGUAUUCUUCGUGUAUAAACUCUUCAAGUGCUUGAAGGAACGCGAGCAGAAAAAAGAAGAGAAAAAGAAGAACAAACAAUUGAAGAAGAAAAAGUAGCGUAUAGGAAAAUCAUUAAAUUUUAUGACAGAAACGAGUCGACUGGAAUGAAAGAGUACAAAAAUCCUGCUUUCUACCCGAAUUAAAGUGAUGGUUUAUAAAGAAAAA